ACAUCAGUCCCGGUAAAACCGACCUCAUUAAGCUGAAGGUUGCUUACACCAGUCCCGCAGAAAUACAUUCAGCAGUGAACCAGCAUGAGGUAUAGACGAUUCCGUCCCUUUGAUCUCGGCAUCGCCGGUUUAAUCGUUUGCUGUAUUUGCGGUGUAAAUGGAGAAUAUUGCGAGGUGAAUGUUUGCCACAAUGGAGGUACGUGUGUGACCGGUGUGGGAGAAGAACCCUUCCUCUGCAUCUGUGCUGAAGGGUUUGCAGGGGACACUUGCAAUACUAUGGAAAAUGGUCCAUGCAGCCCAAACCCAUGUAAAAAUGACGGGGAGUGUGAGGUGAUCAUGAACUCCAGACGAGGAGAUGUUUUUAAUGGCUACAUCUGCAAAUGCCAGCCUGGCUUUGAGGGCAUGCAAUGUCAAAUCAAUGUGAAUGACUGUGCCAACCAGCCUUGUAAGAACAGGGGCAUAUGCCGAGAUCUGGAUGGAGACUACACCUGCCAGUGCCCCUCCCCUUACGUAGGGAAGCAAUGCCACCUAAGUUGUAUCUCUCUGUUAGGAAUGGAAGAUGGGGGAAUAGUUGAGUCCCAGAUCUCCGCCUCCUCCAUCCACUUUGGCAUUCUGGGGCUACAGCGCUGGGGCCCAGAGCUUGCCCGCCUCAACAACCAGGGAAUUGUCAAUGCUUGGAGCUCUAACCCGCAUGACAAGAACCCUUGGAUUGAGAUUGACCUGCAGAUGAAGAUGCGUCUGACUGGCAUCAUUACCCAAGGAGCAAGUCGCAUGGGCACGGCCGAGUUUAUCAAGACCUUCAAGGUGGCAUCUAGCUUUGAUGGCAAAAACUACAUGAUGUACAGAGCUCGUGGUCAGAAGAAAGAUGUGGUCUUCAUCGGGAACAUGGAUAACGAAGGCACCAAGACUAACUUCUUUGACCCACCUAUUGUGACUCAGUACAUCCGCAUCAUUCCUGUGAUAUGCCGGCAGGCAUGUACUCUGCGCAUGGAACUGAUUGGCUGUGAACUCGAUGUGCAAUCUAAUGCGGUGGGCUGUGCUGAGUCUCUGGGCAUGAAGUCUCGCCUUGUUUUGGACAGCCAACUGUCAGCUUCCAGUGCCUUCCGCACCUGGGGCAUCGAUGCGUUCACCUGGCUCCCCCACUACGCUCGCCUGGACAAGCUAGGCAAAACCAAUGCCUGGUCUCCAGCCUCCAACAACCAAUCUGAGUGGCUUCAGGUGGACUUGGAGAAGCCUAAAAGAAUCGCAGGCAUUAUCACGCAGGGAGCCAAAGACUUUGGCACUGUGCAGUUUGUGUCUGCCUUCAAGAUUGCAUUCAGUGAUGAUGGUACAUCGUGGAGUGUUGUAAAAGAUGAAACAAGGAGGGCAGACAAGAUUUUCAAAGGCAACAUUGACAACAACACACACAAAAAGAACUUGUUUGAGCCUCCCUUCUUCGCCCGGUUCGUGCGCUUCCUCCCCUGGGAGUGGCAUGAACGAAUCACUGUCCGGAUGGAGCUCCUGGGAUGUGACGCUUAGAGACCCUGUGGAGGACUGGGGGCUGCCUGACCCCUCUCCCUGCUUCCCACCCACAGCCCCAGGCCUCUCUCUUUCAGACUCCUGCUGAUGCCCAUGAUGCCUAGAUGAUAGCGCAGUCACUGUGUGUUAAUGAUUGGGUUUAGCACAAAAACGUCAAUUGUACUGACUCUGCAUUGUCUUAAUGGCAUUGCAACUAAGAAUUGUAGGAUUUUGUAAUAGCAUUCCUUUUGCUCUUCUGCCUAUGUUUUUAACAUGCUUAUAAUUUUAAUAUUUGCACUUUCUUUUGUAUUGCAUGUUGCUGCAAAGUUAUCACACAAGGAAAGAUGACACUGUUCAAGUUGAACAUGCUUGUUGAAUGAGAUGUUAUAGUGGGUUUCUAGCAGUGGCUUGUUUUUCUUCAACACCUACACGCUUUGUUACAAACAUUUUUAGUUUACACUAACCAUGGGUCUGAUGUACAACCAAAUGUUUGUACAGUCCAGCUAGCUUACACAUUUUCUUAAGUGCAACUUCUCCAUUAUUAGAGUCUGCUGUAUGGGUAAAAUGCCCCAGUCAUUAGUGUAGAUUUCACUCUGCCUGCACAGACAAGCUCUGGAUAGGUUCCUGCUACUCUUGGGUGGUGCCAGAUCAGAAACCUGUCAUUUGACCUCACUGUGUGUCCAAGCCUAUGUGGACCUUUGACUGCCCCCCGUAAUCAGCAUGGUGUCCAGUGACUCGUUUUACCCCAAGGUUUUACCCUAAGCUUUUAAGGAAUGGAGCACAAGUAAAAAGCAUGUGACUCAAUACUCAUUUGGAGUUUUGUUUUUGGAGUUCAUUUUUAUAAUCAGACUAUAGUAUAGUCAGGGAUUGUGCAAUAAAUUGACAGAAAAAAAACAUGAAUAUUGUGGAAAGACUUUAAUUGAAAAUGUAUAUUAAAACAGUUUAUAUUUAAACAGUAUAUUGACAUUAAACAUGUACCAACACAUUCAUCUGAAGUGGCAACAUUUGCAUUGUAGUGGCUAUAUUUCUUUGCAUUUUUAGUGUGAUUUCUAAUUCAUGUUGAAAUCUAUUCCUUUUUAUUUAUUGAUUUAAACAAUAAAGUUUAAACAACCAAAUUUAGAGAAAAGUGUAGAAUCUUGAGGAUUUCUUACCAAUUGUAAAUAUUUUGUCUGUUUCUCUUUAACAGUCAUUAAUAAAAGA